GCCACCUCUGCUCGCGGCAGGCGCGGUGCGCGCCAUCGCCGGGCUGCAGCGUGUCCCGUGUGCCCGAGCCCAUCGGCCCUUCCCGAGCCUCUCCCACUCAGCCCCCGCCGGCCCGGGCCCUCUCUCCAUGCGUCAUGGCCACGUACAAACCAGUGGUGGUUCAGGCAUGCCCCAAGCUCGGGGAGAGGAUCACACAGGACACGCUGUACUGGCGUGGAUACAAGACACCUGUUCAGAUAAAGGAAUUCGGUGCCAUAAAUAAAAUUGACUUCUCCCCAGUCCCACCAUAUAACUACGCUGUCACAGCAUCCUCGAGGGUAAGUGGCUUUUCUGAGGCUUUUAUGCUGUUGUUCUUCAGGUGGUAUCACACAAGCAGAUGUAAUACCCUCUUGUUUUGCCAGGUCCACGUCUAUGGUCGUUACUCCCAGGAGCCCAUCAAGACGUUCUCCCGAUUCCGGGAUGCUGCGUACUGUGCCACCUACAGGGACGACGGGCGCCUGCUCGUCGCCGGCAGCGAGGAGGGCAACAUCUGCCUCUUCGACGUCAGCGGCAAAGCACCGCUGAGGCAGUUCAAGGGUCAUACCAAACCAGUUCAUCUAGUGGGCUUCCUGUCUGGUAAAUACCAAAUAUUUUCUGGUAGUGAUGAUUAUUCGUCAUAUUUGUGGGAUAUUCCAAGUGCCACAGAAAUCAUCUCCUACAGUGAACAUACUGACUAUGUGAGAUGCGGCUGUGCAAGUAAAGUGAAUGCAGAUGUCUUCAUAACAGGUUCCUAUGAUCACACUGUGAAAAUGUUUGAUGCACGAACAAAGAGUAGUGUCAUGACGAUAGAACACGGCCAUCCCGUGGAGAGUGUGCUUCUGUUUCCAUCUGGUGGACUUCUAGUAUCUGCAGGAGGUCGAUAUGUCAAAGUUUGGGAUGUACUGAAAGGUGGACAGUUACUAGUUUCACUUAAAAAUCACCAUAAAACUGUAACUUGUUUGUGCCUGAACAGCUCUGGACAAAGGUUAUUGUCAGGAUCCCUGGACAGGCAUGUGAAGAUUUACAGUACUACAUCCUACAAAGUAGUCCACAGCUUCAACUAUGCAACAUCCAUCCUCAGUCUUGCAUUGUCGCCUGAAGAUGAAACCAUAGUUGUAGGCAUGACCAAUGGGGUGCUAAACGUUAAACACAGAAAGCCAGACGAAAACAAUGAAAACUCUCCAAAGAAAAGACAACCAGCAUAUAGAACCUAUGUGAAAGGAAAAACUUACAUGCCAAAACAGGAAGAUUUCUGUGUCAGCAAACCUGUAAAACGUGUUUUGAGAAAAUAUGAUAAGCUGCUGAGAAGCUUUCAGUCUUCCAAGGCUCUUGAUGCAGUAAUGGAGCCACCCAUCAUGCUUCAUACUCCCGAAGUCACGGUUGCAGUCAUGCAGGAACUACAUCGCAGAGGAACACUGAGAAGUGCACUUGCAGGCCGAGAUGAGAAGCAAGUUAAUCUCCUGCUUACCUUUGUGGCAAGGCGUGUGAUUGAGCCUAGAUUUACUCCUGUGCUGGUGACUGUUGCUGAUAUGAUUACUGACAUUUAUCAGCCUGUGGUUGGGCAGUCAUCGAUAGUUGAUAAACAGUUCUUGAAACUCCAGCAAGCUAUUGGAAAAGAAAUUGACUAUCAAGAAGAGCUACUAGAAGUUUUGGGAAUGAUGGAUACGCUGUUUGCUACCUUUACUAAGAAAAGAGAUACACGUCUAGAAGAGAACAAAAACAAUGGUAUUACAGAGAUCAUUGGAACAAACAGAAAGUACUGACACCCACCACAACAAAUUGUCACAAUUGUGAUCUUGAGCGACAUAACCUAUUCUCCUGGUAACUUCGUAUAAUAGUGACUUUCAAAAUAAACCUCUCUGUUGAAAUUCUCUCUUUUAAAUUACAGUAAUUUCACGAUUAUAAGCCACACCAUUUUGACUAAAAUUUUGGUCCGAA